AGCUGGUGACUAUGUUCUACAAUGUGGCUGCAGGAAUGUACUUGUGUGAAUGCAGAAACGACUGCAGUGGGGUGGUAGGGCUGGCCAUGUAUCGGGACUGCCGAUUCUGCCGGGACUUUCGAACCUGCUUCGGUAGUUAUGAAGUCAACCAUACAUGCACAAGUGGCCUUGCGUACAACCAUGUGACCGGAAACUGCUUCCCUGUGGCCGAAGUGAAUUGUGGGAGCUCAAGUCGAAUACUGACAUCUUCUGUGGAGGAAGGCAUUAAUCAAACGACUUGCGUGGAUGACUGCAGCGGCCGUCCAAGCGGCAACUACCAGUCAUGUUCCACGUGUCAUGGUUUUACCACCUGCUCUAACGGAAUUACCUACAAAAUGAAAUGUGCCGUGCCGGCGUUGUGGUACGACUCCAGCGUGGGAGCGUGUAUUGCUGUAUCAUCCACCUGCUUCUAUGCAGGGUAG